AUGAUUCGCAACCACAUACCGCUUAAAACUAUCAGAUAUAUAUCUAAUGCAAGACCAACACUUAUGACAUUCGAAGGAAACACAAAAGGAGUUUUCGGAACUGAAGAAGAAAGGUUAAAAUCAGUUUUCGGUGGAAGACUUAAAGAAGAACCCCCAACAUCAACCAGCAGAUUUCUAAAAGAUACAAAUAGCAGGAAGAUAGCAGGUGUCGUUGUACCGUCCAGACCUCAUGAACCGGAUAACUGUUGUAUGUCUGGCUGUGUAAACUGUGUAUGGGAGCUAUACAACGAUGAUUUAAAAGAGUGGAAGACUAAGAGGAAAGAAGCAGCUAAAGCAAUAGCUUCAACAAAUGAAGUAUGGCCCGAGGACUUCAAUCCGCCUUUGAAAGAUUUAGAUAAAAAAAAUAUUCCGAAAUCUCUUUAUAAAAAGAAGGAAAAGCUCGACAGCAUGAAGAAGCAAACUAGCAGCAGCUUUUUCCCUAAACGUACGACUCCUUUACCACAGGCCGUUAUAGAAGCAAAGAAACGAAAUGCUAUGAAAAGAUCAGGUUCAAAAAGCAACAGCUCCAACAAUCCGGAUUUAGAGGUUUCGGAUAUGGAUGAUAGUGAAGGCUGGGAAAAUGUUCCCGUUUUCUUUAAGGCCUUCGCUGAGUUUGAGAAGAAAAAGAAUCUUCGAAAGAAAGCUGUUGCCAAUAAAGGUUUAGCACAAACAUCCUCAUCUGAUUAA